AUGGCACAAGAGGUAAAAAAAGUGGGGUUCCUGCGAAUUCGUAGCUUAGACCUGGGACAUGGUUGGCACUCCGGUUCUAGCUGGCCUGCGGGAGGGUGUUCCCAGGAAGCCGUUUUUGAGGAUGGAGAGCGAGGAAAUCACCAGGGAAAACAGGAAGACGAAGAAGGAGAAAUAGAGGAACGCAACGGAAGCCUGUGCCUUUCUGCAUCUGUCCUUGGAGCCCUGUGUCACCUUGUUGCCAUCCACGUAGCUCCGGUUGGAGCAAGAGUGGCAUCUGAUGGCAACGGCCAAAGCGGUAGCACCGGCAAAGGUGAAAACGAAAUUGAGGAAGUCCCAGAUGGCCAGGAACAAUGGCGAGGCCAAGAAGGAGAUGAAGAAGGCCAACACACCGUAGAAAGUGGAGGUGAGGAUUCCGAAAGCAGCAGCAAAGACGCAGAAGUUGACCUGGGGGUUGCCGUUGUGGGCUGUUGCGGCAAGCGAGCCUGUUAA